GCGCUCGCUGGGGCGCCAGACAGCGAGGUAGUGGCUGCCGUGCAGGCCUAUCUGGAGGGCUGCUUCGGCCCGUGCCCCUGCGAGCGGAGCGACGUCACGGGCUGGGAGGGGGACCCAUGGUCGCUGGGCGCUUACAGCUUCUACGCGGCGGGCGCCGCGCCCGACGCCAUCGAGGCCCUGGCGGCCCCGAGCCACGGCGGGCGGCUGCUCAUCGCGGGGGAGGGGGCGGACGAGGAGUUCCAGGGCUCCGUGCCGGCAGCGUACCUGUCGGGCGCCCGUGCGGCGGAGGCGGCACUGUCGGGUCUGCGCCGCGGUUGGCGAUCGGCAGCCGCCUGA